CCCAUCCGUCCCUCGCCUAUAUGUGUGCUGCAGCUUCCUGCGCUCUCUCUGCAUACAACGGCUAAAGACUUAACACGGUGUGAUUGUUGCUUUUUGUGAAAAAUUCGGUAUAGUAUACCCCAUCACCCUCUUGUUCACUUGUUUUUUUUUUUGGCGGUGGAUUAAAAACAAAAGAAAAAAAGGGAACCUCCCUUCCCCCGCAAAAAAAAAAAUAAUUCCGGAAAUCCGAGACUUCACCUUCUUGACAUCGGGAGCGAGAAAAAGAAAACAAAACAAACAAUUGAGUGUCACGAGAGUUCAUUUUUUGUUCCAACUUUCGGAGCUGCCAAGUCCAUGGCACGUUGUCGUCCACAUCCGCAAGACUUUGUCCGUCUGAAGCCAGACACAUGUCCAACAAUGAUGCGGCUGCAGUUGUUGCUGAUCUCCAUUGCCCUAAUCGGAUCCAGCCAAGCAGCCGGAACGAGGACGACAUUUGCCGGUAACCGAUUGCCUGACAUCGUUCCCGGCAUCGCUGGCGUUGACUAUCCGGUGGCUUCGCGAGUCCCCACUACGCUUCGAUUCCGCUGCGACCAACAAGAUUACCCGGGAUUCUUCGCUGACGUAGAAACUGGUUGCCAGGUGUUUCACGUCUGCCGCGACAAUAGGAAAACAUCUUUCUUGUGUCCCAAUGGAACUCUCUAUCACCAGCGAUUUUUCGUUUGCGAUUGGUGGUUCAAUGUCGACUGUUCCAAAUCCGCCGGCCUUUAUCCACUCAACAAGGAUUACAUGCAGCGGCACGAGCCAUCCCCUCAAGAUCGGCAAGCGGAAGCAUCUCAACCGCAAGCCGCCGCUGUGCGCAGCAGCAGUCCGUAUUUCCAAGAACCUACGCCAACACCAUCUUUUGCCAAGUUCGAUAAACGCGAGAUUGUCGAACCGACAUUUCACGAAUGGGCAUCGCGGCACAUCCCGCUUUCCAAUCCGGCCGAUACGGCCAACUUCAAAACGACACGAUCCGCCGCUGCUCGUUCGCGUGCGGCUGACGUCACAGUUCCGUUUUUUGAACCGCCUUUCAAGUCGCUCAGCUCGACGUUGGGACCGCAGGUCAGUGAAUUCCGAAAUUCCCUCCUUUCGGAUGAAAAGAAGAACAGGGAACGAACGCCAUGGGCAGCGAGUAUAACGUCAUCAAGUUACACUACAAAUAACCCAGACGUCUCAUCGCCAUACAAUCGUGGUACUACAAAAAUUGAUGGUGAAUAUCCGGUGUCAUCUUUGCCAUCGUCCACAUUGCCGGACAAAUGGUUCCUGCUGGCCCAAGAUCCCGACUUUCUCAACAACAUCGCUUGGGGCGCUCAAUUGCAAAUUAUCAACAAGACUCGCGGCACGGGUUACUUGCGAAACAAACCCAAUAACCGCAGGCCAAUCAGUGAACAAGAAUUGGACAAUCAUCCAUUCCAGGGUUUCCGGUCGAACCCUGAGGAACAGAGUCCAUCGGUCGACCGCUCUAGCAUACGUACCCAGGAGCCUAGCGUCCGAGAGCCGCAACGACAACCAGACCAACGACGGCAAGUCGAGCCUCCGAGACCUACUUUCGUGCCGAGCCCUCUGUUGAGCCAAUCGAAAGAACAGCAAAGAGAUGAGAAGAGCGGCACCUACUGGAAACCUUAUUCCAGUCCAAGUAACGCGAACGCCCUCGUUCCUUCAACCACCACCAGCCGGCCAGUCCAGCAGACUGUGACUAGCUACACCGUUCGAUACAGUAACCCCCCGAUUAAACCAGUCCAGCAAAAGACAACUUAUCCUACACCGACUAAACCGAAACCGACAAUUCGCCCCACAUCAGCUAAACCGGUGGCAACGAGUUACCCAACGGCACAACGACAACAAACGAGUUCACCGCCGUCGUACAGAGUUACGGCCGGACAGACUGUCUAUAUCAAGAAGCCAUGGAUAACAACUCCGGCCGGACAGAAACCGCAACAACAGCAAUUGAAGAAACAACCGUAUUACAAACCAACUGGAUUGAACGUGGCCGCAGCUUCAUCUCCCAAUCCAGCCUACCAGACGCCGGCCUAUCAAGUGGUCCUAACAGGCGGUUCGGAUUAUCAGGUGACUAAUCUCCAAACUCGAGCGACGCCUUUAGCGUCGUCGCGUCCACCUGCGCCAACGACGCGGGCUCAACCGUUACAAGCCGCAACGUUGCGGUCGCAGCCGCAAUUGCGUCCGCAGAGGUUAAUUCCGCAAUCUAUUUUGCUACCCCUCGAGCCACAUCCAUCGACCAAUCAGCCGAUCAUUUUUAAGAAUCAGCGAAACCAGCAGCAGCCGGUUCGGCAACAACCAACUACUCGGCCAGCACAACAAAGACAACAACUUCGGACUCAAGCGACGACACCUGUGCGUCAGAAUAGCAGGAGUGAUACGCAGCAUCCAUUAUUCCGGCCAUCCGAAAUGGAGAAAAUGUCCAUUCCUAUCCGACCUUCCCUUUUGCUUUCGACGACCGGACCUUCCUCUCGGUCGCCUUUCGAGUUUGAGCCGACCAGUCGUGAAUGGGUGUCUCCUGCCCAGCUUCCAGCGCCAUCACCGACGAACAAUUACACGCCGACCAGCACCAAAGGCAACAACAAUUUGGAUACGUUUCCAUUGACGCCAUACCAGCGACAAGACGACCAGAUUACAAAUAUCAUCCGCGGUAAAUUAGUUCCGGCUAAUGUGUUUCCUACUCAACCGACUAAUUACCAGGCCAGCAGCAGCAAUAAUGACGAGGUCCGUUCGUUCGUCGUCCGGCCGAGGAACCCCAUCACGAUGACGUCCUCCCGUUGAUGCGCCGACAAUGUCCCUGAUCGCUGCGCAUUGGAAUGAAACUGCUAUGCGCCAUGACUGAAUUGUGUAUACGUCGCGCAUCCAAUAUCACGUAAUAAGCCAUACUUUUCGACACACAUAAUCACCCAGAUCCCCAUUUGGCAGGGUACAUAUAUGAAUAUAAUAGCGAAUGAGCAUUCGUCUUUGUCGUCGUUACUUCACAAUUAGAUAUUCCACCCCUUCGAAAUUUUUUUUCCCAACUUGAAAUUGAUAUGUUUGUAAUGCAAAUUUGCUGCUUAGUGGAUGAACAAUGGCUUUCUGAUACGUAUAUACCAAUAGAUUAAUUAGUAUUCCAAUACUUACCAAGUACAGCCUCUAAUGAUAAUAGAUUCAGCUCUUACAAUCAAUCCGCAAUUACAAAAAUAAAACAAAAAAAAAGUCAUUUACUCUCUACAUAUAAAUACAUUAUGUAUACUACGUGUAAUACCUGUGUGUGUCUGUGCGUCUGGUUCUGUACUAUACCUUUGAAUGGCGUUUUUGAAAUCUCUCGCGGUCGCUUUUCCCUCUUUCCAUAACGUUCAUAUAACAGCACAACAGAUGACUUUUUCCUCCUUAGUUUUGUUUCAUUUCUCUUUCCUUCUUUCACCUGAGUAAAAUUCGUUUUUCUACUCUGAUUUUUCGUUGUUAUUAUUUUUUUUUUUGAAAGUUACGCACACGUUAUUAUUGAGAGAGUUGUAGACCGACUACUCACACGUAUAUAUAUAUAUAUAUACAGUAUAAACACACUGACACGCAGACCUAUCCCAUAACCUAUGGCAGACGGUACACGGUCUGUUCUAUAUCCAUUAUAUUAUAUCCCAUCAUAAAUGCAAGCCGAGGAUGAGUAAAUACACACAUUUUUCCGAA